AUGGGGAAGAAAAAGAACGGAAAUGCGCAGAAUAAAGUGGCGAAGCAUCGAAAUAUGAAAAAGACGAAAACGCAAAAGAAGAAUAAGGACAAAGAGGAGGAAAUAAGGAAGAUGCUGAAUGAUCAGAUUGAUUUAAUAGUAACCACAACGAAUGGAACUCUGAAAAGCGCGCCGAAGAAAGUGGAAAAGAUCGGUUUACCCGCGGAAGUUGCGACGGACGAGAUUGAGUCUUUAAUGACAAAUAUGUAG